AUGGCAGAAGGAUCAUUCAAAGUUAUCCUCCUCAUUGAUGCAACAGCAUGCAAGGUUGAGAAAGGAAUUAAUUUAGUUCAUCUUGAUUUAGGCCUUCUUCGAAUUUUAAGCUAUCUUAAUCAUGUAUGUAUCCAAAAUGGCCAAGAGUUAUCUUGGGGCUAUAAAUUUUACUCUUGUGAUGAAUCCAAUGUUGGCUAUGAAAAAAGGCAACUUGUUGAUAUGAGCCUCAAAAAUUGGGAGAAAUUCCAGGAAAUAACAUGGAAAAUAUUAUCCUCACAAUCGGAAACUACCAAUCACCAUCAGCAAUCUCUAAAUAAUAAAAGCCAAGCAAAGUAUUUAAACCAGGCUCUUACUGAAGUUACGAUCUACUUUCCAUGGAAUCAACCUGACUUAUUGUCACCAACUCAAUUAAAUUAUCGUCAUGAUAGAAGGAAUCGUAAAGAAAAAAUUUCUCCUUUAACCAAUUUAAUCUUAAUUAUUCGACCUUGCCCCUUAUCUAGCUCGUCAUUAAAGGAAUUCUUUGGCAAAGAGUACAAUUCUUUAACUGCAGAAUUGCUAGAAGAAAAUCUAUUAACAGAUAUUUUACAUCAAAAAUUAACGCGAACGUUAGGCAUUGGCUUAGGCUGGAUUGAUGUUAACCACGGCCGACUAAAUGAAACAACUUCUGAAAUAGACAAGACUAGUUAUCUUCCCCAAACUGAUAUUAUAGAACAAUUCAAUUGUAUGUUGAGCAAAUUAAGAGGUUUUCUUAUACCAAUAUCUGUGCUGACUGAUAGUGGUUGCAUUGGCUCUUCGCUACUAAUCAAUAGCGGAGAUAGCUCGCAAAAUCUUGUACAAAGCAGUUAUCAAAUUAGAACUAAAUUAAGAAAAGUUGAAAAUACGAUCAAUAGUAAAAAUCCUCUGAACAAUUUAAAUCAUCAUUUUAAUCAACCUAUUUCCACCCUUAAUGCUCACCUAUUGAUGAUACCUACUAAAAAGCUGAAUCAGUGUUAUCAGGUCUUAAUUCCAAGCACAGCAAAGACACAGGGUCUCGAUGUAGAUACAAAUGACAACCUACAAAAUAUCAGUUUAUAUUACGGAAACGGCAGGAACGUUCAUCACUUUCAUGGCCAAUUCGAUUUAUCAUCUAUACCGUCCACAUUUACAAGAAUGAAAAAUCUAACAAGACCUGCUGGAGUGGGAAUUAUUAAAGGAAUUGUCAGUAGUAGCGUCAUUCCACUUCCUUGGCAUUACUCUGAACGUGUAUUUACUGUUAGCCCUUCAAGUCAACCCGAUCUAAAAAAUGCUCCAUCUCUUCGAAGUACUUUUACAAAUAUGAUGAUUUUCUUAAAAAGAACUAAUCAGUCUUUGGUUAUCGAAUUUUCAUCUCAACAACAAGAUUCAGAUCCAUUGAUUUGUCUGAUGGAAUCAUUAACCGAUUCUUGCGCGAUUUUAAAAAUAUUGAAGGUCGAAGGGAUAACAACUGUGGAAAAACUACUGAUAUGGAGACAUCAAAAUCCACUGUGUCACCGAUUAUGCCAUAUUUUAACAUUCGAUAAAGCUACUUCGAGCUUGCUGGAUAUUUUCUUAUCAUCCAAUAAACCAACCCUCUCUGUGAACGAUCAAGAAAUUUCUAUGAAUCUCUCUAGCCAAUUUAUCAACUCAAUAUUUGAUGAUGCAAACUCGAAUGAUUAUUUAAGGCAGCCAUUCCUGUUAACGACACAAUUAAUGAAAUACGAUCAAAGUUUACCUACAUUACAGCAAAGCAAUAUAGUAGUCAGUAAAGGUCAAAGGAAAGAAUUACCUUCCUUAACAACCCAAGCUAGAUCCACCAAUAGAAGCACUACCGCAAAUCAUCUACAUUCUCUUGAAGUAAACAGCCAUAGAAAUCGAUCUGAAAAAAGACAGAAACAAAGUUCAUUAAACCAGAUUAAAAAUAGAUCUUUAAAAAAUCGUCAAAUUCGCGCAAAUUCCACUGGCUCAGUCGCUGAGACACGAAAAUUUAUGUUCUCUAAAGAAAGAAAUAUUACCAAGAUUGACAAAGUCAAGGAUAACGUAAAGACUCAAGUUACAAAACAAUCGAGGACAAAAAAUAUAUCACAAAGCUUCGAGGAAGAAGACAACAAAAAUUUACUUAAUGAAUAUUUAAGUCAUCAAGCUAACUCUGAAAUUAAUUAUAAAGGUUAUGCAACAUUAGAUGCGUUGGCAGAAUAUGUUUACCUACGAUGUACAUGCGUUACUGAAGAGUUAUCCACAGAGCCUAUCGUAAUUGCAAAAGAUAUAGUUAGAACUGUUGUACUGUCUAUUCAAAAUUCGAAGCAAAGCAUAGAUUUGGUCAAUUCAGUAGUGGAAUUUCUCAAUAAUAAGGUUGUAAAGUCUGUAGCCGAUAUAAGAGAGAAUUACGGAGCAACAAGUGAUAAAUUAACUACAGAUCAAAAAAUGCGCCAAUUUAUCUUUCAAAUUGUUAUGCGCCUCGAAAUAGUAUGUUUAUUACAUAAUGAAUCAAUUGAUAAUAAUCUCUUGCAAGAGAUUACCAUGUUACUCCAACGGCUAUCGUUUUUAGCUGAUCCUGGAUUUGCUAAUAAAUUUCUUGACGAGGUGGUUUUGGAAUGUUACUUAAAAUAUCUUGGUCAUGCAUUGAAGGAACUGUACACACAACUAAUGCUUGAACCUCCGCAAGAAUUGUCAUCACCCUCUAAGACUGAGAGUGACAUAGAAUCGCUAGCCGAUCCGGUUCCCCUUAGCAUGCCUACUUCUCCUCAGAAAAAAGACGUUGAUGAAAAUUACAAACCGCGUGCGCUGACACGUCAUCGAAGCUUCCAGAAUCUUGGAAAAGUGCUCAAAAUUGCAGUACCAGCAAAAAAGAAAAUGCCAAGAGUUCAAAGUGAAGUUAGUAUUUCAUCGAAUUACGGAAAAGAUCGUCAUCAUAACGUUAAACGUAAUCUCUUUCAUGACGCUAGUGACCACAAUAAAGAAAGUAAGUCAGUUGCAGAUACUCCUCUCAAGAAGCAAGUCGCUAAUCCAAUAUGGCGUAAGCAAGAAAGAGCUAGGAGAAAAUUUCAUAAUAUUUCGGACGUAUGUAUUAGGGAAUCUCCAAUUUCUAAAGUAAAAAGAGGAAAUGUCGUCCGUAGUCUAAAAUCAAGAUUUUCGGAAACAUUAAUGUCGAAGCGUAUACUUGGCGAGAUAGGAAAGGAAGUAAAAUCUGAUAGCUGUAAAUCAGUACCAUUAUGA